AUGGGCACUCUGGGGCACUCUGACGGAUCACCACCGCCGCCGCCACCAGCACUACGUCCUCCUGGUGCACCGCUUGCUCCUCCACCCCCUCCGCCGCCUCCCGAGGAGCGACCAUACCAUGCCAAAAGGCCUCAUCGCAAGUCUCGCCUAGGCUGCCGGAACUGCAAGGCUCGCAAGGUCAAAUGCGAUGAGGCCAAACCGAGCUGUGGGACCUGCAGCCUGAGAAAGGACACAUGCAACUAUCCAACCCCCCAAAACGCGGCUCCCGCAGCUCAGCCCUCGUCCUCGUCCGGCAUCGCCGCUGCCCCACCCCCGGCUCCUCUCCCGGUCCAGCCCUCGUCGUCCGCAUCUGCGGCUUCCACCUCGGUCCGGUUCGCAUACGGCUCGCCGCUCUCGGUACGCACGGCCGCCUCCCCGGCCCUGCCCUACCAGCACUACUCCCCAGGCCCGCCCUCUGACUGUCGCCGCGGUUCCCAAGAUGACGCCUCCAACAGCAGCGGAAGCACCGAGCUCAUCAUCGUCGACGAGCCUCCAGUCAAGCUUGCAGGUACUGACGAGUACGACAUGAAGCUGUUGUGGUUCUACUCUACAGAGACUUAUGCCUCGUUUUCCAUCGAGGCCGGCCGGAUACCCUUCAUCGACAAGAUCCUGAAGUCUCACAUCAUCACUUUCGCCUUCCAGAGCCCCUUCCUGAUGGACUGCAUACUGGGGCUCUCUGCGCUGCACAUGCAAUCUUUGCACAUGACGGUACCCGUGUCCAAGGCAAUCACCUACAGGGCACGGGCCUUUUCCGGCUAUCGCAGGGCCAUCGAGAGGGCUGACCCAAAAGACUUCCCAGCUCUCCUCGCCUGUUCCCUUUUGCUGUGCAUGCUUUCCUCCGAGGCGUUCCGAGAGCCGGAUAUGAAGCCAUUAUACAUCAUAGACUGGAUGGUGCUCUGGCGCGGCAUCGGCCUCAUAAUGGAUAUUAUCCCCAUCGAGAUACUUGUCUCAUCCGGCCUGGAGAAGCUCUUCUCACGCCCGGCCUUCAAUCUCAAUCAGACUGCCCUACAUAUCCCGAACAACCUCUUUUUCAUGAUCACAUCGAUCAAGGAGGACGACGAGGACUACCCCUACGUCGAGGCCUACUACAGCACCCUCAAGUUCCUCGGCGGCCUGUACCUCGAGCUGGAGACCGGCUUCAGCCCCGUGUUGAGCAUGCGCAUCAUCACCUGGAAACGACGCCCACGAGCCCUGGUCAUCCUGGCUCAUUACCUCUCCUUCCUCAAAAUGGUCGAAGGUGUCUGGUGGAUGUUAGGAAUCGGGGAUAGGAGUAUUCAAGACAUCAUCGAUCACCUGGGCCCCGAGUGGCAACCGCUCCUCAGCGUCCCGCGGGCUGCCAUGUCCAUACACGACAAGGUCGAACUCGCCAAGCUGAUCAGAGGCAAUCACGCUUGGGAGCCGGCCGAGGUUGACCAGAUCAUGCAGCACCCAAAUCCAGACCUGCGGAAAUUCACCAUGGUCAACAACCAGGGCCAGGAGGUUGCAUAUAACAAGGAAGAGGGAGGCUGGGUGCCGUUGGCCAGGAACGCGGAACCCCAGGAUCCGAGCUCUCCUGAGUAUCUUACGCCCCCGUAUGUUUGA